AUAUUCUCUCCUCGAUUCGCUUCUUCUCAGAAAUCUUCCUCAUAUAAGAUUCCAUUGUGCCCUAUUUUAUCUUCUCUUUCUCUGCCUUAAUUAAAUAUCUGUUUCAGUUCGGCUUUCUGUUUCUCCUCUUAAAUUAUCGGUGUUCAUCACUCGGAUCUCAGGAUUCUUUUGCAUUCCUACGAAGUAAUGGCUGCUCGUUAAUGGCGAGAAGUUAGCGUAAUAGCCAGUUUGCUUGGCAAAAUUUGAGCAAUUUGUUUGGAUCAUUUCAAGAUACAAAACCAGUUCUAGCAUGGAGUAGCCGGUAUUAAUCUCCUUCGAGAGCCAGACAUCAUUUUGAUUGUCUUUUUGGUUGAUUUAUCGAAACUGAAUCUGGCUCUUGAAAGUAUUCGCCCAAGGCACACAUUCGAGGAUCCAGGCUACCAAGAAAAUUUCAGCGAGAACUUCGAACUCCAUUGAUCAUCAGUUGUUUAGAAUCAUGGAAGUGACGAUCUCUCCUCAAACCCAAAAGAUGAACUCCCAAACUCCGCGAAAAAGCUCGUUCAUCGGCUCCCAUAAAGAUCUGUGGCUUGCUGUGCGGGUGGGGUCAGUUGCUGAUGUGGAGUCGGCAUUGACCAUACUGAAGAAGAAUGGGGGUAAUAUAAAUUUAAGGAAUGCUUGUGGUUUGACUCCUCUUCAUAUUGCUACCUGGAGAAACCACAUUCCCAUUAUUAGGAGGCUCCUUGCAGCUGGUGCUGAUCCUGAAGCCAGGGAUGGUGAAUCCGGAUGGAGUAGCCUUCACAGAGCUUUACAUUUUGGCCAUCUUGCAGUGGCCAGUGUCCUUAUUGAAUCAGGUGCUUCUAUUGUCUUGGAAGAUUCUAAAUCCCGAACACCAGUUGAUUUGGUCUCAGGACCUGUGGCUCAGGUCAUUGGUGAGGAACGAACCUCAGUGGCCACAGAGGUUUUCAGCUGGGGAAAUGGUGCAAAUUAUCAACUUGGAACUGGCAAUCAACAUGUACAGAAACUACCUUGCAGAGUUGAUUCAUUGCAUAGUUGCUACAUUAAGUUGGUCUCUGCUGCCAAGUUCCACAGUGUUGCUGUUAGUUCUCAUGGAGAGGUCUACACAUGGGGUUUUGGAAGGGGUGGUCGCCUUGGACAUCCCGAGUUUGACAUCCACAGUGGCCAAGCUGCGGUUAUCACUCCCCGCCAGGUGAUAUAUGGUUUAGGAUCCCGCCGAGUAAAGGCAGUUGCUGCUGCUAAGCAUCAUACUGUUAUUGCUACAGAGGGCGGGGACGUAUUCACUUGGGGUUCCAAUAGAGAGGGUCAGCUUGGUUAUACCUCUGUGGAUACCCAGCCUACGCCACGAAGAGUGAGCACUCUUAAGGUGAAGAUAGUGGCUGUUGCUGCGGCAAACAAGCAUACGGCCGUAGUUUCUGAAUCGGGUGAAGUUUUCACGUGGGGUUGCAACAGGGAAGGUCAGCUUGGUUAUGGAACCUCAAACUCUGCAUCAAAUUAUACUCCAAGAUUGGUCGAUUACUUGAAAGGAAAGGUUUUCGUAGCGGUUGCAUGUGCAAAGUACCACACUCUUGUGCUGCGGGAUGAUGGAGAGGUGUUUACUUGGGGUCAUCGGCUCGUGACACCGAGGCGUGUCGUUAUUUGCCGAAAUUUAAAGAAAUCAGGGAAUGCACUUCUGAAUUUCCAUCGGAGGAAGCCUCUUCGUUUGACUGCCAUUGCUGCGGGAAUGGUACACAGCGUGGCUCUCGCCGAAGACGGUGCUCUGUUCUAUUGGGUUUCGUCCGACCCCAAUCUAAGAUGCCAACAGUUGUAUUCACUGGUUGGGAAAAGCCUUGUGAGCAUCUCGGGCGGUAAAUACUGGACAGCUGCAGUUACGAGUACCGGUGAUGUUUACAUGUGGGACGGGAAGAAGAAUGGUAAGGAUAAUAAGCCGCCAACUCUUACUCGUCUCCACGGUGUGAAGAGGGCUACAUCAGUUUGUGUCGGAGAAACACAUCUCGUGGUUGUGGGUUCUCUGUACCACCCUGCCUAUGCUCCUAACGCGGUGGAUAAGUGUCAGGCCGUGCGAGCUGAUAAAUGCGGGGAAGAACUCGAAGAACUGGACGAGGGUUUUAUGUUCAAUGAUGCCGAAUCUGAUAACAUGAUAUCGUCUGUCCAACAUGACGAUUCUAGGGAGAGGAAAGUGCCUAGCUUGAAAAGUUUAUGUGAGAAAGUGGCUGCUGAGUUCCUAGUAGAGCCCCGAAAUGCAAUUCAGCUGCUCGAGAUUGCGGAUUCUCUUGAAGCAGAUGAGCUGAAAAAGUACUGUGAGGAAAUUGUUAUCCGAAACCUUGAUUUUAUCUUGACGGUUUCACCGCAAGUUUUCGCAAGUACAUCACCCGAUGUACUUGCUUAUCUCGAGAAGUUACUCGAUGACAAAUCAACCCAAGCAUGGAGUUUCCGUCGCCUCCCAACACCAACGGCAACAUUCCCAGUUGUUAUAGACAGCGAAGAGGAGGAAACUGAAGGCGAUAUCCUGAAAACUCGGGACAACCAUAUGAAACACUUGUCCUCUAUUGUUGAGGAAGGCCCUCGAUCGGAUUCCUUUUUACAGCCACAGGACGAGCUGAGUCAAUGUAUCUCAAGACAAGUCCGAGCUUUGCGGAAAAAGUUGCAGCAAAUCGAGAUCCUCGAAGCAAAGCACUCGAGAGGGCAUUCUCUUGAUGGUCAGCAAAUGGCUAAACUUCAGAAGAAACUGGAUCUCGAAUGUUCCCUGGCCGAGCUUGGUAUUCCCAUUGAGAUGGCCCCCGAGGCAAAGUCCACAUCUCCUAUGCAGCUCGAUGGAAAGGCCAAUCGAAAGGCCGAGGGUUCGAAGAAAAAGAAGAAGAAGAACAAACAGAGGUCGGCACAGGUGGAAGCGGUGGCUGAUUUUGAAGGAAUGAAAGUGGAAGCAGAUAAAUCGGGGAGUAAAUUUACCGAAGAAAUUCCUCAAGUUCUCAAGCCUAAGGAUGGUGACGAUACCCUGAACGUAACUAUUUCCACUGAGUUCUCGCAAGAAUCGGACUUUGUCUCACUGAAGAAAGAUGCAACAUCCGAUUCACCGAAGAACAAGAGAUCAUCAACGAUUCCCAGCAAGAAAAAGAACAGAAAGGGAGGCCUUUCCAUGUUCCUGACCGGUGCACUUGAUGAGACCCCGAAGCCUGUCACUCCUCCACCAUUGCCCAAAAAAGAGGGUCCUGCUUGGGGCGGGGCCAAGAUCUCAAAGGGGUUUGCUUCGCUUCGGGAAAUCCAGACCGAGCAAAGCAAGAUCCAGCCACAAGAAUCUGUGAGGAGUAUUAAAACCCAUCAGGGAGAUGAUUCUUCUUCUAGUAGAACAACAGCUGAAGGGAAGAUACCACUGAGUUCCUUCUUGACAUCGAAGCCGAUUCCUGUGGUUUCUUCAUCUAAAACUACUCAGCAAUCUGAUUUGGAAAGAGGAACAGCUUCUUGGGCAUCUUCAGGAACACCUCCUCACUUAGCUCGGCCUUCUCUCAGAGACAUCCAGAUGCAGCAGGUGAAGAAGCAACAGUCCCUUUCCCACAGUCCGAAGACAACGACGUCUGGGUUCUCUGUCGUGAUGGGACAGGGCUCUCCAUCGGAUUCGCCUGGAACGAACCGAUGGUUCAAACCCGAGAUAGAGGCUCCGUCAUCGAUCCGUUCGAUCCAGAUUGAAGAGAAGGCCAUGAAGGAUUUGCGACGAUUCUACAGCAGCGUCAAGGUAGUGAAGAACCAGAUCUGAUAUGGCGAUGGCGAUGGCGAUGGCGAUGGUGAUGGUGAUGGUGAUGGUGAUGAUGGCAUCAUCAUCAGUGUUGUAAAUCUGAGAGUGUACAGAUAAAUGGUUUUCAUGUACAUUUGGGAUUCUUCUAACUUAGCAAAGUCUCGUUUCCUUUCUAGUUCCUAUCAGUAGCAGCGCUUCACUGAUGGAUGAUGAUGCCUUUUUUUGAAGGUCUCUCGCAUCUUUUAGCCAGAUGUAACACUAAAGAUUCUGGGUUAGAAUUUCUUUCUUUAUUUCAAGAAAGACCCUCACUUUAAGCAUCAUUUCAAAUUUGA